ACACACACACACACACAGACACGUGUGUUUAAUGUGUGUUGUUCUGUUUCAGGUUCAUUACCAGGAUACGCUCUAGCCACGACUGUAGGAAACGCGAUUAAGAACCGAGCGUCUAACGAAGAGAUCCUGAUCAUUCUGAAGGACGUCCCCAACCCCAACCAGGACGAAGACGACGAUGAGGGCGACAGCUUCAAUCCACUGAAGAUCGAAGUGUUUCUGCAGACGCUGCUGCAUCUGGCGGCCAAAUCCUUCAGCCACUCCUUCAGUGCGCUGGCCAAGUUCCAUGAGGUGUUGAAGACGCUGACGGACAGUGACGAGGGGAAGCUGCACAUCCUGAGAGUGCUGUAUGAGUUCUGGAGGAGCCAUCCUGAGAUGAUCUCGGUGCUGGUGGAUAAGCUGAUCCGCACGCAGAUCGUGGACUGUGCUGCCGUCGCCAACUGGGUCUUCUCUCCGGACAUGGCUCAUGAUUUCACCAGGUUUUACGUGUGGGAGAUUCUUCACUCCACCAUCCGGAAGAUGAACAAACACGUGCAGAAGAUCCAGAAGGAGCUGGACGAGGCCAAGGAGAAGCUGGAGAAACAGCAGAGCAAGAAGGUGCAGGACAACAGUGUGUGUGCGUGUGUGUGUGUGCGUGUGUGUGUGUGUGUG